CCCGCCGCCCGCCCCGCGCCCGCCCCCGCAGCGCCCAGGCCGCGUUCGCCGGCAGAGGUGGAGGGCCGCGCACCCGAGGGGCAGCUGCGACGAUCGGGGUCGGGCUAUGAGGGCAGCACCAGCUGGAAGGCGGCCUUGGAGGACACCACCACACGUCUCCUGCUGGGGGCCAUCGCAGUCCUCCUGUUCGCCAUCCUGGUGGUAAUGAGCAUCUUGGCUUCCAAGGGCUGUAUCAAGUGUGAAGCGCCCUGCCCAGAGGACUGGCUGCUUUACGGAAGGAAAUGCUACUUCUUCUCUGAGGAGCCGAGAGACUGGAACACGGGCCGGCAGUACUGCCAGAGUCACGAGGCGGCGCUCGCUGUGAUUCAGAGCCAGAAGGAGCUGGAGUUUAUGUUCAAGUUCACGCGGAGGGAGCCCUGGAUUGGCCUGCGCAGAGUGGGGGACGAAUUCCACUGGGUCAACGGGGACCCGUUUGACCCGGACACAUUCUCCAUCUCGGGCCUGGGAGAGUGCGUCUUCGUGGAGCCCACGAGGCUGGUGUCAACGGAGUGUCUGAUGACCCGGCCCUGGGUGUGCAGCAAGAUGGCCUACACGUGAGGUGGGUCAGGCCAGAGGCGGCCCUCCAGCCAGGCUCCGAGACCUGCCCACCCCAGGCUCUUCUCCAAGGCGAAGCAGUGAGGAGGGUGGCCUCCGCCCGGCCCCCAUCUAGGGCCCACAGCCCUGGUUCCUGGUCUCCUCGGCCCCAGGCAGGUCCUGUGGCUCAGCCGUCAAACCCCACAUGCUCAGUAGCAUAGGUGUCCCCCAAACACACACGCACACACACGCAUGCACGAAUACGUAUGCACAGGGUUCCUUCUCAAGUUCAGAGUCCACCCUUAGCCACCCCAGCAAGUCCCUCCCUGGCCCCAGGCCUGGAAUCCUUCUUCCGGCACCAACACAGAGUGCAUUACAGUCAUUUCUCCGGGGUGCUGGAGAGGCAGGGAGUAAGCCUUCCUCUCGCUGGGCCCCCUCCAUCCACCCUGUUUGCCUUGCCCGGGGUUCUCAGGCAGGCCCCCGCUGCGUCUGUGGUGCUGUGGUGUUGGUCACUGAUGGAAUAAAGACAUGACUGGCGUCCAGAGAAA